AUGGCUGCCGACUACGAAUAUGUCAAGCGGAUGACCCCCGAGGGCUACACAUUUCCCACGCACCGACUCAAGCGCACAUGCGAGGCCGGUCGGACCCCCCUCGUCCUCGUCGCGUGCGGCUCCUUUUCGCCUAUCACGUACCUCCAUUUGCGCAUGUUUCCCAUGGCUCGCGACCACGCCCGCAAUGAAGCAGGCUUCGACGUGAUCGGUGGAUAUCUCUCAGUCGUGUCUGACGCUUACAAAAAGAAGGGCCUCGCGCCCGCUCACCACCGCAUUCGCAUGUGCGAGCUGGGUACGGAGCACGGCUCGAAAUGGCUCAUGGUUGAUCCGUGGGAGGGCGAGUCGCCCACCUACAUCCCGACCGCGCACGUUCUUGAUCACUUUGACUACGAGAUCAACCAAGUGAUGGGCGGCGUAGAGUGCGAGGACGGCACGCGCAAGAAGGCCAAGGUUGUGCUCCUCGCGGGCGCAGACCUGAUCCAGACUCUCAGCACCCCCGAUCUCUGGGCUCCCAAGGACAUCGACCACAUCCUGGGCACAUACGGCGUGUUCGUGCUGGAGCGCACCGGCACAGAGCUGGACUCGGCGCUGGCGAGCCUGCGAGCAUACGAGAAGAACAUCCACGUCAUUCGCCAGGUGGUGACGAAUGACAUCAGCAGCACCAAAGUGCGACUACUGCUGAAGCGAGACAUGAGCAUAGACUAUUUGAUCCCCGACGAGAUCGUGAGCUACAUCUACGAGCACAAUUUAUACCGGGAUCUUGAGCAAUCCAAUGACGGCGACAAGGGCAAACCAAAACAAGAGGCGGUCGCCAGCUCAAGCAAGGGCUGA